GGCGGAGCCUGGCAGGUGCUGAAAAUUGCGGAAGCGGAAAUCGCUGUAGUCUCCUCGAAGAUUGUCAAGGAUCCACCGUCAGGGUGCAGGAUCUAGUUUCUGAAAUCCUGAGGGGAUCCAAUGCAGUCAGGAGGAAGAGAGACGAACAGCAUGAGCACUGACUGAAGCGGCGAGUGCACAGAAGCAAAACAAGUAGCAGUCUGACAGCAGAGUCUUACUUUACAACAGAUCGCGGUGGUUUGACCCCCCUGCUCACCCCAACACCAUGACGUCCUCCAUGCUCCGCCGGCAGCUGAAGAACCUGGUGCAGAACUACUCUGAGGCCGAGGUCAAGGUCAGAGAGGCAACAUCCAACGACCCAUGGGGCCCGUCCAGCUCUCAGAUGGCUGACAUCUCCGACUUGACCUACAAUGUGGUGGCCUGCAACGAGAUCAUGACGAUGCUGUGGAAACGCCUCAAAGAUGAUAAGAACUGGAGACACAUCCACAAGUCCCUGACUCUGCUGGAGUAUCUGUUGAAGACCGGAGACGACCGUGUGCUUUUGAAAAUGAAAGACAACAUCUACAUUGUCAAAGCCCUCACCGAGUUCCGCUUUGUAGAAAAGGACGGUAAAGAUCAGGGUCUUAAUGUCAGAGAGAAGGCCAAAGUCGUGCUUGUUCUCAUGGAAGACGAUCAGAAGCUAAAGGAGGAGAGAGACUUUGCUGUCAAGACCCGAGAGAAGACAUCAAAAAGUGCCGCUGCGUCAUCCUCUGACAACCCAAAGGACCCCAACUACAAGCCAUGCUACGUCCCCGGGGCCACCGGGCUCCCAUCUUUGGACAACAUCCCCUCAGUUGCUGAUUUGGCUGCUACGUUUGCUGCCCGCAAAGAGGAGCGGCUCAGACAGGAAGCUGAGAAGAAGGAGGCAGAGAGGAGGUCCAAAAUGACUGAGGAUGAGCUACAAUGGGAAGAUGCAGGCAAAGGUGCGAAGGCCAAAGAUGAUGCUUGGGGGGGAGGGACGGAGGAGCAGGAAAACACAGACCCAUGGGGGGCGCCCAAAAAGUCCACCGAUCCAUGGGGUGCACCAACAAAACCAGACACAACAGCUGCCACAGAGGACGGCGAUGACGCAUGGGGGGCUCCAGCCAAGACUGAUGAAGAUCCCUUUGCGGCACCAAAGAAUCAUGAAGAUCCCUUUGCGGCGCCAAAGAAAGGUGAAGAUCCCUUUGCGGCGCCAAAGAAAGGUGAAGAUCCCUUUGCAGCGCCAAAGAAUGGAGAAGAUCCCUUUGCAGCUCCAAAAGAUGUGCCUGACCCAUUUAGCGCACCGAAAAAUGGAGAGGAUCCGUUUGCACCAAGAAAUGAUUCAGAUCCCUUCAAUACACCGAAAGACGACCCAUUCAGCACCGCGAAUAAUAGCUCAGAUCCCUUCAAUGCACCUAAAGACAAGGAGGAUCCAUUUGCUGCUCCUAAAGAUAAACCAGACCCCUUCAGUUCAUCUAAUGAUGAUCCAUUUAACACACCAAAAGACGAUCCAUUCAGUACCCCAAAAGAAGAUCCGUUUAAUACUCCAAAGGAUGAUCCAUUUAAUACUCCAAAGGACGAUCCUUUCAAUACCCCAAAGGAUGAUCCAUUUACUACAGCAAAAGAUGAUCCAUUUAAUACCCCAAAAGAUGACCCGUUCUCUGCACCAGCAUCAACACCACCUAAGGAGGACCCAUUUUCGGCACCAACACCACCUAAGGAAGACCCCUUCACAGCUCCAACAACACCGCCUAAAGAAGACCCCUUCGCUGCUCCAACAACACCACCUAAAGAAGACCCCUUCGCUGCUCCAACAACACCACCUAAAGAAGACCCCUUCGCCGCUCCAACAACACCUCCUAAAGAAGACCCUUUCACUGCUCCAACAACACCACCUAAAGAGGAUCCUUUCUCCACGCCAUCAAACCCUCCAAAAGACGACCCCUUCGGCGCCCCAACAUCACCCCCGAAGGAGGAUCCAUUUGCUGCACCGUCCAGCUCAUCCAAAGAUGAUGCCUCAGAUCCCUUCAAUGCCCCACCGUUGACUCCUCCCAAAGACGACACGGACGCAUGGGGUGCUCCGGCCAGCUCACCGCCCACUUCCGGGUCUGAUCCCUGGGGGGCGCCAUCUGCUCCACAGACAGAAACAAAAAGCGGAGAUCCUUGGGGGGACGGGACCAGUGCCACCUCACCCACCGGUGCUUCAGAUCCAUUUGGGGACUCAUCCAAACCGGACAAUGACCCAUGGGGAGCCUCAGCUUCAGCUCCAGCCAAUGCAGAUGAUGCGUGGGGCUCACCUCCUCCAUCCUCAGACUCCGCCCCCAGUGAUGACCCGUUCGGAGAUGGGUCGUCCAAAACCAACGCUGCUAGCAAAGACCCUUGGGGUGCACCCAGCAAUGCAUCCAGCAACGGUACAGGAAAGCGAACAGCGCAGGAAGAGGAGACGUCUAAAAAGACGGCAGCGUUCCUGGGCUCAGCUGGAGCGUCGCUGGUUGACUUGGACUCUCUCUUCUCAUCCAACCCUAAACCCAAACAGCCCCCCCUCAUCAGCACACUCGCACCCCAGACACAAGCCAUCGGUGCUUUCAAGGCCACAGCCACCACUUGUGGCCCUCUGGUCAGACCUGUUGCAGGGGUGUCCCUCCCUGCUACAUCACCCCUACUCUCCGGCUCUGCCUCCGUCCCCUGGUCCCCCUCUGGUGUGUCCCGUCCCAGUUUUGGACUCCCCAGUUCCUCGCUGUUUCAGCUACCACCCAGUCCCGCUGCAAUGUCUCAUUCCGGCCUAAAUAUGCCUGUAGCGACAGCUCAGUUUGCGCCCCUGUAUUUAGGAACCGGAAUGGCACAGCCCGCUUCUGUGGGUGGGAUUCCUCCAAUGGGAUGUAACAUUAACCCCCCCUUUUUGGGAAUGGGAAUGGUACAGCCCAGUUUCACUGGAGGGAAUCCUUCCAUAGGCCUUCCUCACUUGGCAGGAGGGGCAGUCGCCUCGCAGCCGCAGUUGUUGUCGGGCAGCGGAUUGGAUGAGACGACUCACAAAAACAACAAUCCGUUCCUGUUAUGAAUACUUGGCAUGUAAAUCUCUCUUAUAAAAAUGUCUGUAUGUCCAGUAGCACUGGAAGGCUGUGGAUUUUUGUAUACAUAACUAAGUGAAAGCAGCCAGCUCCUCAGCUCGCCUCCGCUCUGUCCGUGAUAUCUUAGACCCGUCCACUCAAUACUCCAUUCACGGUUUAAAUGUACGCAACAAAUAUUGAAAGAAAAACUGUGUGAGAAGUAAUACACCUUUGGGGAACAAAAUAAUUGAUUCAGCUCAUUUUUGUUUUGUUUUUUUUGUUUUGUUUUUGUUUUUUCUUUUCACACAAGUGUAAGACAGGGAGACUGCUGCUGUGUGUUUACACCACGCAGUCCUCACUUGAUUCAGGUUGAGAGUGGAGUGUUCAUGUUGAAACACCAGAGGAUUUCCAGUUGUAUGUGUGUAUCUAUUGUACGAUUUGUUUUUGUGCAGCCCUCCUUCUAAAAGAUGAAGUCGGGGCCAGUCCUGUAGAGCGAAUACAGAAGUCACCUGGAAAAUACGUUAUUGUAGGUUUGUGAGAUUGCAUUUUGUGCGUGCGUGUGUGUGUGUUCAUGGCAAAAUGGGUGGGUGCGAGCGUGUGUGCCCAACAAUGUGUGUAUGUAUUGUGUCCUGUGUAAAUGAUGGAAGUAAUCACAGAUAAACCUUGAAAUAUAUAUAAAUAUAUAUCAGAGUGUUACAAUCAUGAGUAACUAUUUAUUGAUCUAUUUAUUGAUUGAUUUCUUACUUGAUUUAGUUGAUUUAUGCAACACUUGGCCUCCAACGUGUCAUUAAAACAAGAGGGGUUCAGGUCACGAUCUUUGCCAUAUUCAGUUGUGGUUGUGCACGACCUGACGGUUACAAUCACACGUGAGCACAAUGUGAUUGGUCGUCUUUUGUUUAAUAAUUGAUCUGAUUGGAUGAUGCACGCGGGGCAUUAUCAGUCAACCUAAUGACCAAUGGUGGCUUUAUCCUCUGCUGUUUAGGUUUGUAGUGAUCCAUUCUGUAAUUUAAUGUCCUCUCUGUAUAUUCUGGCAUUAGAAGAAGCAGAAGUGUAUUAUUGUAUUUGCAUUUAGCUGGUAGCUAAAUAAAAGACCGAAUCAGAACAUAUCAUUUUCUUUAAUGUGCAUGCUGUCUGAGCUGGUCGUUCGGUGUAAGUGUGUGUGUGCGUAUGUGUGUGUGUGUGUGUAUCUGCCCCUCACCUCUGUUUCAGUGCGUGACUGAUAUGAAGUAUUGAGUCAAAUACUUGUAUGAAGAGGCGAUGCACAGUAUAAAGCUGUGACCUGUGGAGAUACAAGGUUCUGUUUGGUGUUUUAGUUGAAGAUUAGACGCGUCUGAAGCUUCACAGAUUGCUCCCUCUGUGUGGCUAAACUUGCAUUUUGAAAAGGUUUAACUGGGUAAACCCUGCACAGUCGCAGAAUCACAGUUUUGUUCUGUGGGAUGUUUAAAAAAAAAAAAAAAAAAAUCCUGAAAUCAGACAGAACCUCCAAAUUCCACGAGGUCACGCAGUUUUGAAGUUGUGUUAAUAAACUGUAUUUUCUGGGUCUGAUCCGAGCAUCUGGGAGCGAUGACUUACACGUUUCUGCGACUCCUUUUAAAGUGGGAUCUUGGAUGGAAAAAAGGACUGGAAGACCUGAACUCAAGUUGAACUCCCGGGAGUUUCAGUAGAGGUGGAUCAUUUAGGAUGACUUGUCCAUAAAGCUAUUAUUAACUCUAAUUUAAUUUUGUAUGAAAGCAAAUUAAUUUAUUUUACUGUGUAUUUAAAUCCGAGGCUGUGUUGUAAACUGUGACAGUAUACAUUUGAGAAAUAAAAUGAUCCAAUAAGUGAGACUGUGAUAUUACUGACUGUACUUACCUGGCAACCCUGUAGUUCUGACUGUACAGAAUUAAUCUGGCAUGAAGCUGUCAAUAUAUUUGUUUCUUAUCAA